AUGGUGCUCUACAUCAUCGGGCUCGGGCUUGCGGAUGAGCAAGACAUCACGCUCAAGGGGCUCAAUGCCGUCAGAUCCUCCGAAAGGAUCUACCUUGAGAGCUACACGAGCAUCCUGAUGGUGGAAGGCUUCAAGGAGCGUCUUGAGCGGCUGUACGAGAAACCGGUCAUCUUGGCCCAUCGCGAGACUGUCGAGCUCGAGUCUGAUGCCAUCCUCGAGAGUGCUGCGACGUCCAACGUCUCGUUCCUGGUGGUCGGCGACCCGCUGUCGGCAACGACGCACACCGAUCUGAUCCUGCGAGCCCGGAACGCCAAGCCCCCGGUCCAGGUCAAGAUCAUUCACAAUGCAAGCAUCACCACGGCGAUUGGCUCGAGCGGACUGGCCGGCUACAACUUCGGGCAAACGGUCAGCGUGCCCUUCUGGCACGCCGACUGGCAGCCAGAUAGCUGGCUCGAGAGGAUCGGCGAGAACCUUCGGAUCGGCUGCCACACUCUUGCCCUGGGCGACAUCAAGGUCCGCGAGCAGAGCAUCGAGGACAUGAGCCGGGGCGUGCUCCGGUACCAGCCGCCGCGGUAUAUGUUGAUCCCUCAGCUCAUCUCCCAGGUCCUGGCAGCCGCAAAGGCGCACGAUGUGGAUUUCCUGCACCCCGACAAGACGCUGGCCAUCGCGCUGUGCCGCAUGGGUGCCGAGACGGAACGCAUCGUGUCCGGCACGCUGCAGGAGCUGCACGAUCUGGCCGAGCCCUCGGCCGAGGAACUGGCCAAAGAGGAGCAAGAGGAUGGCGAGGACGAGAUGGCGAGCGAGGCAGAUCUCGAAAAGCGAAGGGCGGCGCGACGGGAGGCGCGGGCCAAGGCCGCCUACGGGGAGCCGUUGCACAGCCUCGUCAUCGUGGGCCGGCGUCUUCACCCCAUCGAGCGCACGUAUGGCGGCAUGUACGCCGUCGAGGGCAGCGCCUGGCACGAGGUGGCCGCAAACGUGUACGGCUGUCGCGAAUAG